AUGAAUUACCUGACAUGGGCUGGGAUUGUAGCCCUGAUUCUGUCCUUCGUCAUUGUCAAGCUCCGACAGCGGCGCCAAGGUCCAUCAUGUGCCGAACCGAAACGCCCUGAGAAUACCAAUUGCAAUGACAUCAAACACAUCGCGCCGUACCCUGCACAGCCCAUCAGAGGCCGAGAGCGGUACCGGGUCAUGAUGGACGUGCGGAAGCUGGACGCCCAGAACUGGCUCACGAUCGACAAGAACUACAUGGACGAGCACCAUAUCCGGAGCCAAUUGCUGCAGCAAGAGAAGAGCAAGGUCCUCCAGUGUCUGCCCGAGUCGCAUGACGGGUGCGUGGAGGCAUUGGACGAAGUGGUGGAGUUUCUCUGCGAGCGGUUCCCAAAUAUGUUCCAGCGGAAGAAAUCCGGGCCCGAGACAGUCGUCUACAACAAGAUGACAGGGGAGACCUUCGUCUUUGGCGGAGACAACCGCCAGAUGGAUCCCCUGGAAAUUGCGGUCCGGCUGACCAUGGAGGACCUGAGCGUGUUGCUGAAAAACGAAGAUGACGAGUACUACCUUGCCGCCAGCGCAAGCCUCUUCCCUGUAGGAUGGACGGUCCAGGAACGGAUCGGAUGGACGAUCUCCAAGCUUCACAAUCCGGUCCCUCUGUGGCACCAGCACGUGGCCAAUUCCGUUAGCAAGUUCCUUGCACGCCUCACCCCGAGCUCCCCAAUGGAACGAUCCAACUAUUUCGUGGAAGUGAAACACCCAGGCGAGGACCUCUUCGAAGUGCUCUACCGACCCACCACCCUCUCCGAAGAUAACCCCGACCCUGCGCCCCAAGAUAUCGUCAUCCGGCGCGAGCGACAGACAUUCCGUCGACUGCCCAAAACAGGAACCAUCGUGUUCGGAGUCAAGACGAUCCUGACGCCGCUGGACGAGCUGCCCAUGGAGGAGCUGCGGAACCUAGCCAAGGAGAUCAAAAGCUGGCCGGAUUAUGUGGGUGAAUAUAAGGGGCGUGGAAUCUGGGGUGCGAAGGCCUUGGAGUUCUGCGAGCAGAGAGAUCGGAUGGAGAGUGAGAAGAUGGAGAAGAUGGAAGUGUAA